CACACACACACACACACACACACACACAAGAGGUUGUUUGGUGUCGCACACGCACACCGUCACUGAAGGCGCGCGCUUGGUUGAGCGGCACACGAGCAGAUUAGUUACCGGUACCGGCAUGGCAAACGGUUGGGGUCAGUGUGUCUGUUCGCUUUUCAACUACAAGACGGAGAAAUUCUUCAUCGCGUCAAACAAGAAAAUCGGAGUGUUAUUCAGACUCUUUCAGCUCGCAGUGAUCGGAUACUUAAUCGGAUGGGUCUUCAUAUGGAAGAAAGGCUACCAAGAGAGAGAAGAGGCAUUUGAGAGCUCGGUGUUCACAAAGCUUAAAGGUUUUGCUCUCAUUAACACCACAGAGCAUGGGUUCCAUGUGUGGGGCGCUGAAGAUUAUGUCAUUCCUUCUCAGGGGGAUAAUGUCUUCUUUAUCGUAACCAAUUACAUUGAGACUCCAAACCAAAGGCUGGGCUUGUGCGCUGAGAGUUCAAAGGUUCUUGAUGGUGUCUGCUCUCAUGAUGAUGACUGCACAGAUGGAAUUCCUGUUAUUGCAGGUCAUGGGAUGAAGACGGGACGCUGUAUGAAUGAGACAGGCACGUGCCAAAUUUAUGGCUGGUGUCCAGUUGAGUGCAGACAAACACCAAUGGUGCCAUUGCUGGAGAAAGCAGAAAACUUCAGCGUCUACAUCAGGAACUUCAUUAGAUUUCCGAGGUUUGACUUCUCCAAAUCCAAUGUUCUCCGCUCCAACAACCACACAUAUCUGAAGUCUUGCUACUAUGACAAAGUCCACCAUCCAUAUUGCCCCAUCUUCCGAAUAGGAGAUCUGGUCAACUGGACUGGUCACAGCUUCCAAGAAAUGGCUGUCAAGGGUGGAAUUGUUGGAGUAGGGAUUGAGUGGAAUUGUGAUUUAGAUAAAGACUACUCUAAAUGCAACCCCAGAUACAGCUUCACUCGUCUGGACAACUCGAAAUACGAAAACAUCACUGGAUACAACUUCAGAUUUGCUCGCUAUUACAGAGAUGCAGAUGGAGAGACUUAUCGCUCACUGUUUAAAGUGUAUGGCAUUCGAUUUGAUAUCAUGGUUAACGGGGAGGCAAGGAAAUUCAGUAUUGUCCCCACGGUGGUGAACAUUGGGUCUGGAGUUGCUUUAAUGGGUGUUGGAGUGUUCUGCUGCGACAUGAUCCUCAUCUAUAUGAUGCGUGGGAGCUCGUUCUAUAGACAGAGGAAGUUCGAGACUGUGGUAAACAAGCAUGACAGACGAUCCAAAGAGGAGAAGCGCACGAGACACCAUCGGCACGGCCAUGAUAGACAGAAGAAAGAAGACAAACUGGACUUGGAGAACGAACUGCUGUCGUCCUCGCCGACUCGUAGUCCAAGAAUACACAAACAUCGCAGUCAUGAACAGAAGCACGUUAAAGAGGCAACAUCCAGAUCCCACCGCAGUCCUCAAAGAAAGCCCGUGGCUCAGGCUUCCUCAUCCAGGAAGCCACACAGUCCAAAAAAAUGAAGUAACAGAUGAAGAAACUGAAAUUGUUUUGGGAGAGAAUUACUGUAUACUGUGAAGGAAAAAUGAUGGAGAUGAGAGAAAGUAUUUAUUUUUGCAGGCAAAUAAGGUACUAUUCCAUGCUAUGCCAAAGUUGAGCAACUCUGUGAGUAUGUUAACUGUAGCUGAAGGGUCGAACCUUAAACCGCUAAUUGCUUUAGACAUGACUGACUUAUUUGUAAGGAAAAAAUACUCCAGAACUUAAAGAAAAUAAAGGUGCUUGAAAUGUACUAGAUGAACGAGUGAGUCAAGUCUCUCCGGCCUUGUUAGACAUUACAGGACGAAGACUCUCCAGGGGAAAGUAGCAUUUUGCAGAAAUUUUUUGCACGUUUGAAAUUUCACAGCAUUUAAGGUCAAAAUAUCAAUAAAUGCAUGGGAUUCGUUUUGGUAUGUUUUCAUGAAGUGUGCCAAAAAAUUCUAGAGUUGAUUGACGUAAAAUAUGAACAGUAUUUUUUUUUAAAUGCUAGAAAAUGUGUGAAAUGGAGGUUACAUUAGUUGCUACAUUGCCUUUUGAUAUUUUAACUGUUUUUUUGUUUGUUUUUUUUUUUACAUAAUGCCUUUUAUUAUAAAUGUAAAGAUAAUACAUGCAUGCUUGUUGAUGUAAAGGGGGUUAAAAAGCUAGUUAAAUAAAUAAAACAAUUACUACAAUUAUAUGAGUGAUUUGGUUAUUUAUUUAGAAGAAACCACAGAAAUAUUCACACACAAUGCCACAUAAGUCAGGAGUUGUUAGAUGGUUAAUUUAUAUUUCUCACAAUGGAAGGAGGAUAUUUGUUUCUUCUCAGACUCUCAGGAAAUAAAGAUACCAUUUCUAAUACAAGUAUGCUAAAUUUCAAACAGAGUCCCCUUUGAGUAUUGCAUUUGAGUAUUGCAUUGUCAAAUUUUACACCAGCAGUUUUAUUUCCUGUGUUUGUUGUUGACAAUGUCAGAGAAAAUGCAUUCUGAAGGGUUCUUCGGUUUGCUUUGGGUGAAAAAAACAACAGACAUCAGAAAUGGGUUCCAAGUGUAACUUUAAACUAUCCAAAGAAUCCUUCAGAAACUCUUGUUUCUUUGAGUGUUAUUUAAUGAUAAUUAAAUCAAAACUUAGAGACUUGUUAGCAAAAUUAAAGAUCACGAUGCAGGUCUUGUAUCAAGGUGGCACAGCAGGUAAUAUUACUCUCCCACAGCUCCAGGAUCCCCAGUUCAAUCCUGAUCUUGUGUUACUGUGUGUGUGGAGUUUCACAUGUUCUCCAAGUCCAUAUUUGUUUCCUCCAGGUUCUCUGCUCUCCUCCUACCUCCCAGAAACAUGUCAGUAGGUGGACUGACUACGCAACAUUGCCCAAUGGUGUGAAUGUGUGCACACAUAUAUGUGUGUGUGAAUGUGUAUAUUGGCCUCUCAUGUCAUCCAGGGUGCAUUCCCAGGAUAGGCUCCAGAUCCACCACGACCUUGACCAAGAAUAAAAGGCUUUACUGAAGAUGAACGAAUGAAUUAAUAAAUAAAAAUAGAUCUGAUUAACGACUUCAUGCUUCACCUUUAAGCCCAGGUACUGAGCUACUUCAGAUCGUAAUCAGUUCAGUGCAAUCGAAUACAACAGAGAGAUGAAAUAACCAUUAGAUGAAAUUAAUCAUGAACAGAGAUUACAUGGAACCCUACAGAGAUUUCUUAACCUAUGCACAAACACACAUCUACAGCAGUGUUGCUUUUCAGUACACAUGCACCAUUC